GUGGAUGCCAAGGUCGUUGGCUUGCUCAUUACCGCGUGCGCUGGGGUCAGUCACCUCUAAAGUGGGGGGCGGAUAAGAUCGCGUCGCCCUCCACAUCGACCUCCAUCGACGUCCACGACAAUCACACUCGCAGACGACAUACAUCCUCCAUAAUGGUGCGUUGGCAUAACCCAGGCGACAUCAGACAAGGCGCUCGGCUCGGCGAUGCUGCUCGUUGCGGCCGUCGUGUUCGUGUACUACACUACAUGGGCACUGCUUCUCCCAUUCGUCGACCCCCGCUCGACACUCCACGACCUCUUCCCGCCACGCGAGUGGGCUGUACGCGCCCCCGCGCUCCUCCUCCUCCUCGGUGUGGCCGGCAUCGCGGCCUUCUUCGCAAAGGUCUCGGCGGCGGAGGCAGCCAAGCGGCGCGCGCGCGAAGGCAAAGCUGCAUAGAUUCACGCUCGUUACCCAUGCAUGUGAUACCAGUACAA